AUGCAGUUUCAGAAGAAAUCAUUGGAUCUUCCUGUCCCUGAAGCCGAACAUGUCUGCCCCGUUACCAUACUGAAGCGGCAUCGACCACAAUACGGCCACAUGGGCAAUGGAAGCUAUGUUGAAGUGCAACAAGACUCUGAACGCAGCUUUGAGGCGACCUUUGUCGAGUGCACUAACGGUCAACCACAGACCAUCAUGUCACUGGGAUCGACACGCUUACGUGAGUAUUCAUCAGAAUGUGUCACAUUGUACGAGUGGCGAUCGGCUCACGUACGGCUUCCGAAGUCAAAUGUCGAUUUUGUUCCGGCAAUGAUCAAGGUUAGCUAG